GUGGCCCCCAGCUGGGUUGAGGAGGAGGGUGAGUGGAAGUAAAGGAGAGGAGUACGGGAAGGCAAAGGGCGGGUGUGGUAAAGGCAUGGAGAGUGAACGUGUGAGACUAAGGUGCAAUGGUAGGCUGGGAAAAACAUUAAACCACGACUGUAAAGGUGGAAGGAAUGCAGGUGUGAGUGUGUGUGUGUGUGUGUGUGUGUGUGUGUGUGUGGUGGGGGGAUACUGGAAGGAGGGAGAAUGCUCGUAUAAAGGUGAAAAUGGAGGGAGCAGCAAAUAGUUAAGGAUGGGGGUGAACGUGUGAGACUGUGGGCCCAUUCAUUAAACAUUCAUUAAACAUUAGGGUUACUGGCCCGCAAUCCGAAUCCCCAACGUCGGGCAUCCUACUACGAAACUGGCGCGCUGAUUUUUUAAACAGAAAACGGCAACCCGACGUUCGUACGAGGUUAUCGGAAGAGUUGGCAGCCUUUGCUCCCGAUAUUGGUAGACCUGAGCACAUAUAAACAAAUCCACGUGCUACCUUUACUUCGCCCACAGCUUCGCCGCUAUCAUGAGUGUGCCUGCCUCUUCUGUUCUCCUCCUCUCUCCACGAGAAAAAGCUGUCGCACUCACAAAUGCUCAACGCCAGAGACUGUCUGAGGUGAUAACUUCAAAGAAAAUCCUGUUGGAUCAUUCUACAGACUUCAACGGGAUAAGAAAAAAACAGAAAGCUUGGGAGGAAGUAGCUGCUGAAUUCAACCUCAGCUACCCUGCUGAACGUCCCAGGACAGUAACCCAGCUCAAACGGGCUUGGGAGUACAUACGAGUGAAGAAGAAUCACAAGAAAUUUCUUCAUGAGUCCUUCAAGACUGGUGGAGGGCCAUCACCAAAACCAGUCACAGAUGACUUCUUGGCUGUUGCAACAGAUGCACUGGCUGUGGAGCUGCAAUUUGCAGACAACCAGCUAGAUAGCUUAGUACCCAUAGUCAUAAGAGAAGAGGAAGUGGAAAUAAUUGACGACGACAUGCUUCCUGCAUGUACAAUAGCAGCAGGACCAUCGACAACACCAGCAGCAGGACCAGCAACAGCACCAGCAGCAGGACCAGCAACAGCACCAGCAGCAGGACCAGUGACAGCACCACCACCAGGACCAGCAACAGCACCAGCAGCAGGACCAGCAACAGCACCACCACCAGGACCAGCGACAGCACCACCACCAGGACCAGCUUCAGCACCACCAACAGUUACAGCAACAGCACCAGCAAUGGCACCAGCAACACCACCAGCAGGGCCAGCAACAGCACCAGGAGGAACAUCACAAACUGGACCCUCCACCCGUAGAGGCCGAAAGAGACCCCUACGCAGUGAGAGGGAGGAAUGUUUCCGCGCUAUUCGAGAAGGUGCAGAGACCUUGAAUGACGACUUGAAAGUGUCAUUGCAAAACUUCUCUGCUCUAUGUGAGAAGCUUGGCAAUCAAGCUGAAGUGGCAGCAAAUGCAUUUGCUCAGGCAAUGCAAACAUCAACAAAUGCAUUUGUUCAGACUAUGCAUAAUGUUGAUAGCACUAUGGAACAAGUACGCAAGUACUACAGCCCAGCUUCUGGGAGACCCAGCAGUCUGUAAGUAUCCUGUGUGUGUGUGUGUGUGUGUGUGUGUGUGUGUGUGUGUGUGUGUGUGUGUGUGUGUGUGUGUGUGUGUGUCUGUGUGUGUGUGUGUGUGUGUGUGUGUGUGUGUGUGUGUGUGUGUGUGUGUGUUGUA